AUGCUUGGAGGGAAUUGUAUAUUAAGAGCAGUGUUUUCAGCCGAGGCUCACUUUCAGUCGGUGCCAUCAACACGCCACAUUUUGUAAAUCUGCUUCCGAGACGAUUUUUCAUUGACAAGGAACAGGAGUGAACGUUCAGGUCAAUGAUGUUUUUAAGACUUGCUGUCUUAUUUUGUGUGGUUUGCUUAGCAAGCAGUGAAAAAGAGAAAAACUCUGAGGAUCCGCCCGGCUUACUUCAAGCAUUAAACUCUAAAUAUUUUGGUCACAUCAGGGGCAAAAGAACGGGCAAGGAUGAUAAUCCACCCUUGGAACAGGCACUUAAUAAUGCUUAUUUUGGACAUAUUCGUGGAAAAAGAACGCAAUCAGAUGAUUAUCCGCCACUAGAGGAAGCUCUCAAUUCAGCAUAUUUUGGACAUAUUAGAGGAAAGAGAACGGGAGGGUGGGGAUCAAACAAAGAUUUAUUGGAGGCCUUAAACAAUGCUUACAUGGGACACAUCCGUGGGAAACGACAACAGGAAACAAUGGAUAAGUCAGUUUAAUGACCACCUCUUGAAACCAUGCCAUGAAAUUGCAAUCGAAGACACUGCCAGUGACCAUUAGAAAACAUGAUAUGUACUACUACCAUGAAAACUUGCUGAAUGCCAAAAAAGUAUAUUUAUUUCCAGAAGAUGUGUUUCAUUACAGAUUUUUAAUGAAUAGGCAAAGUGUCAAAUAAAGUCGGAACAUUAGAUUAUGAAAUAAGUGAAAUGAAUAAAAGUUGAGCAAAGAGA